AGCCCACCGGCUCCUGGCGCGGGCCCCGGGCUGUGCCGGGUGCACGCCCGCCCGGGGGAGCUGCAGCGGGAGGCUGCCCUCGGAGGAGGAUCUUCACCUGCCUUUCAGGAAGGUGCUUCCCCAGCACGCCGCGCGCACUCCCACCCCCUCCCCUCUUUCUAGGCAUCGCGCGGCUUUUUUCGGCCAAGUAACUUUUGCAUUCCCGCCUCCCCCAAGUCCUGGGGACCAGAGGCGGUGCCGAGCCUGGGGGCGGUUCCUUGGCAGCGUUGAAUCUUGCCAGAGCCAGACUUUUGCUCCUGGGCUAGCUUUGCAUCAUCCCCAUCACACCCUCAGGAGAAAGGAGCCAGCCCCCUUUCAGCCUCAGCUUCCGGCUCAAAGCAGACCCCCUCCCCCUAUCCCAGGCCCCGUCCCCUUCUCCUGUCCCUCUGUCGGCCACAGCAUUUUAUUAGUCCUCUCCCUCUACUCCGCAAUAUUUUCUUUCUUUCUGCCUCCUCUCCUCCAUUUGUUGUUUUGUGUGUCCCACUCUUUGAGGAAGGAUGGUUGAUUUGGAGAGCGAAGUGCCCCCUCUGCCUCCCAGGUACAGGUUUCGGGAUUUGCUGCUAGGGGACCAAGGAUGGCAAAACGACGACAGGAAAAAACCCAGUUACUUGCAAGCUGUUAUCCAGUCUUUGGCACAUUUGUAUGUAUUGGAGAGCUCUCCACUUCACAAUGAUGGCCAUUUCAAAGUUGGGGUACAAGUUGAAUUCUUUAUGAAUGAAAACACAUUUAAAGAGAGAUUAAAGUUAUUUUUUAUUAAAAACCAGAGAUCAAGUCUAAGAAUACGUCUGUUCAAUUUUUCUCUCAAAUUAUUAAGCUGUUUAUUAUACAUAAUACGAGUGCUUCUAGAAAACCCUUCACAAGGAAAUGAAUGGUCUCAUAUCUUUUGGGUGAACAGAAGUCUACCUUUAUGGGGCUUACAGGUUUCAGUGGCAUUGAUAAGUCUAUUUGAAACAAUACUACUUGGUUAUCUCAGUUAUAAGGGAAACAUCUGGGAACAGAUUUUACGAAUACCCUUCAUCUUGGAAAUAAUUAAUGCCGUUCCCUUCAUUAUCUCAAUAUUCUGGCCUUCCUUAAGGAAUCUAUUUGUUCCGGUCUUUCUAAACUGUUGGCUUGCCAAACACGCCUUGGAAAAUAUGAUUAAUGAUCUACACAGAGCCAUUCAGCGCACACAGUCUGCAAUGUUUAAUCAAGUUUUGAUUUUAAUAUCUACAUUACUAUGCCUUAUCUUCACCUGUAUUUGUGGAAUCCAACAUCUGGAACGAAUAGGAAAGAAGCUGAAUCUCUUUGACUCUCUCUAUUUCUGUAUUGUGACAUUUUCUACCGUGGGCUUUGGCGAUGUCACUCCGGAAACAUGGUCCUCCAAGCUUUUUGUUGUUGCAAUGAUCUGUGUUGCUCUUGUGGUUCUACCUAUACAGUUUGAACAGCUGGCCUAUUUGUGGAUGGAGAGACAAAAGUCGGGUGGAAACUACAGUCGACACAGAGCUCAAACUGAAAAGCACGUUGUCCUGUGUGUCAGCUCACUGAAGAUUGACUUACUUAUGGACUUUUUGAAUGAAUUCUACGCUCAUCCAAGACUACAGGAUUAUUACGUGGUGAUUUUGUGUCCUACUGAAAUGGAUGUGCAAGUUCGAAGGGUACUACAGAUUCCAAUGUGGUCACAAAGAGUUAUCUACCUUCAAGGAUCAGCCCUUAAAGAUCAGGAUCUGUUGAGAGCAAAGAUGGAUGAUGCUGAGGCCUGUUUUAUUCUGAGCAGCCGUUGUGAAGUGGAUAGGACAUCAUCUGACCACCAAACAAUUUUGAGAGCAUGGGCUGUAAAAGAUUUUGCUCCAAAUUGCCCUUUGUAUGUCCAGAUAUUAAAGCCUGAAAAUAAAUUCCAUAUCAAAUUUGCUGAUCAUGUUGUUUGUGAAGAAGAGUUUAAAUACGCCAUGUUAGCUUUAAACUGUAUAUGCCCAGCAACAUCUACACUUAUUACACUACUGGUUCAUACCUCUAGAGGGCAAGAAGGCCAGCAGUCGCCAGAACAAUGGCAGAAGACGUACGGUAGAUGCUCUGGGAACGAAGUGUACCACAUUGUUUUGGAAGAAAGUACAUUUUUUGCUGAAUAUGAAGGAAAGAGUUUUACAUAUGCCUCUUUCCAUGCACACAAAAAGUUUGGUGUCUGCUUGAUUGGUGUUAGGAGGGAGGAAAAUAAAAACAUUUUGCUGAAUCCAGGUCCUCGAUACAUUAUGAAUGCAACAGAUAUAUGUUUUUAUAUUAAUAUUACCAAAGAAGAGAAUUCAGCAUUUAAAAACCAAGACCAGCAGAAAAAAAGCAAUGUAUCAAGGUCAUUUUAUCAUGGACCUUCUAGAUUACCUGUACAUAGCAUUAUUGCCAGCAUGGGUACUGUGGCUAUAGACUUGCAAGACACAAGCUGUAGAUCAGCAAGUGGCCCUACCCUGUCUCUUCCUACAGAGGGAAGCAAAGAAAUCAGAAGACCUAGCAUUGCUCCUGUUUUAGAGGUUGCAGAUACAUCAUCAAUUCAAACAUGUGAUCUUCUAAGUGAUCAAUCGGAAGAUGAAACUACACCAGAUGAAGAAAUUUCCUCAAACUUAGAAUAUGCUAAAGGCUACCCACCUUACUCUCCAUAUAUAGGAAGUUCACCCACUUUUUGUCAUCUCCUUCAUGAAAAAGUGCCAUUUUGCUGCUUAAGACUAGACAAGAGUUGCCAGCAUAACUACUAUGAGGAUGCAAAAGCCUAUGGAUUCAAAAAUAAACUAAUUAUAGUUGCAGCUGAAACAGCUGGAAAUGGAUUGUAUAAUUUUAUUGUUCCUCUCAGGGCAUAUUAUAGACCAAAGAAAGAACUUAAUCCUGUAGUGCUGCUAUUGGAUAACCCCCUAGAUGACCUACUCAGGUGUGGAGUGACUUUUGCUGCCAACAUGGUGGUUGUGGACAAAGAGAGCACCAUGAGUGCCGAGGAGGACUACAUGGCAGAUGCCAAAACGAUUGUGAACGUGCAGACCCUUUUCAGGUUGUUUUCCAGUCUCAGUAUUAUCACAGAGCUUACUCACCCAGCCAACAUGAGAUUCAUGCAAUUCAGAGCCAAAGAUUGUUACUCUCUUGCUCUUUCAAAACUGGAAAAGAAAGAGCGAGAGAGAGGUUCUAACUUGGCCUUUAUGUUUCGACUGCCCUUUGCUGCUGGAAGGGUGUUUAGCAUCAGCAUGUUGGACACGCUUCUCUAUCAGUCAUUUGUGAAAGAUUAUAUGAUUUCUAUCACCAGACUUCUGUUGGGAUUGGACACUACGCCAGGAUCGGGGUUUCUUUGUUCUAUGAAAAUCACUGAGGAUGACUUAUGGAUCAGAACUUAUGCCAGACUGUAUCAGAAGUUGUGUUCUUCUACCGGAGACGUGCCCAUUGGAAUCUACAGGACUGAAUCUCAGAAGCUUACUACAUCUGAGUCUCGAGAAAUAGCGUCGCAAUCUCAAAUAUCUAUCAGUGUGGAAGAAUGGGAAGACACUAAAGACUCCAAAGAGCAAGGUCAUCAUCGGAGCAACCACCGCAACUCGACCUCCAGUGACCAGUCUGACCAUCCCUUGCUGCGGAGAAAGAGCAUGCAGUGGGCCCGAAGGCUGAGCAGAAAAGGUCCCAAACACUCCGGUAAAACAGCUGAGAAAAUCACCCAGCAGCGACUGAACUUCUACAGGAGGUCAGAAAGACAAGAGCUUGCUGAGCUUGUGAAAAAUAGAAUGAAACACUUGGGUCUUUCUACAGUGGGCUAUGAUGAAAUGAAUGAUCAUCAAAGUACCCUCUCCUACAUCCUGAUUAAUCCAUCUCCAGAUACCAGACUGGAGCUGAACGAUGUUGUAUACUUAAUCCGACCAGAUCCACUGGCAUACCUUCCAAACAGUGAACCCAGUCGGAAAAACAGCAUCUGUAACGCCACCACUCAAGACUCUCGGGAAGAAACUCAGCUUUGAUAAAAAGAAAAUAAGAAACUCUUUUUUUUUUUUCCCUACAACGAUCUUGCUUGGAACAACUCUAAAUCUUAGAGAAAAAAAAAAAUGUUGCUGGCAUGUAAUAAACUAGAUUGGAGUAUAUUCAAUUCUCUCAUAUUUUAAAAAAUCUAUUCUCUUAGAAGUGUAGAUUAUUUUGAAAUUUAAAGUACUGCUUAUUGGUACACCUAUUGAUAUAUAAAGACAUCAAUGGAAUGAUUUUGAAAACCCAAAUCAAAACACAAAAAUUUAAAUCUGAUAUUUAAUUGUUUGACAAUAAUCCAAACUGUAUGAAGCCAAUUUUAAAAUGUGUUAAAGUUUUAUGAAAUUAAACUGAAAAUCCAACUGUAUUUGGUGCAUCAUAAUGGACGUAGAUGAUUGUUGCCCCUCUUAAAUACUAAAUGUCAUAUUCAAUUCUUUAAAGUGGCUGUUUUAUAAAAUGGAGCUCAUCAUAAAUGUCUAGUCUUCUCUGCACAGAGAUUAACAAACAAACUUGUGUGGCUGACUUUUGUGUAAGAAUCAUAGUUUGCUUUAGAAUAUAAAUCCUUAAGUCAUUUUAACCUUUUUUGUUGCCUUCUCUUAUGAAACUCUAUCAUAUUCGUUUUAGAGUUUCAGAUGUUCAUAGCAUGUUUGAUUACACUGAAGAAACCAAAACAAACAAAAAGAAAUAUCAAGGACCUGAACUUUCACUAAUUUUAUGUCUGACACACCUUGUAUGCCAAGAAAAGUGUAUUAAAAAGCAAAUAUUUAUUGUUCUCCUAAAAGAACGCCUAACAGAGACAGUACUUAAAACACAUUCAUUGACUUAAAUUUAAUCCAAGUAUUGGAUCAUUAGCUGAAAUAUGCAGUAAUGAUUUUUCAAUAGACUCUUGAGCUUUAAUAUUUUUCAUGUAUCUAUACAGUAUAUUUCAUUAGAAAGAUACUUUAAAAUUCAAAGAAGCAAAAUUAUACUUUUUAUGAAAUACAAAGACAUUUCAAAAUAUGAAAAGUCCUCCUUUAUGCCUUUAGUAUUGAAAUAAUCAUCCACAAAAAAAUGAUAUUUUAAAAAGUUUGAUUUAAUUUUGAAAAAUCAUCUAUAAGAACUAUGUUUUAACAUUGUGAGGAAAAAAAGCAUAUAAUAAAGACAAGUUGCUUUUACUGUUUAAAUUUGACAUAAAUCAUGCAGAAUUUGACAGUUUCAAAUUAAAUAUAAAUUGACCCUUGGUGACACCAAUGGUUUUAUCUGUAUUGAUUUAUUCCACUUCAGAAACAGACUGUAAAGCACAAGAGAAUGGUUUGCCAGGUAGUUGGAAUGUGUUAAGGUAUUCCCAUGAGGGAGACAUUGGUAAACUUAAAAAGAUAUUUUUCUUCUAAUUUUGUAUUUGUUUUUAUUUCUGAACUUGACAUUGAAUUUUAAUUCAACAGAAAAUAAGACAUAUAAGACUACAAAGAGACAUUUUAUCUUUUCUUUUCAUAAGGAAGCAGAUAAAUUGAAAGGAAAAUAGAAGGACUAAAGAAACAUGGAUAAAGAAAGCCUAACGUUCCCCCAAAUAAUUCUGUGGAAAUAAAAAUAUAAACCAUAAAAUGUGAAAUUAUAGAUUAUAGCCAUUGUAUAAUUUGGCUUAGAGAAUAUGAAAUGCCUAUUUGUUGUUGUUGUUUUUUAGUAUUUUACAUUACUCUCAUUUCGGAAUGACAAGAACACCAAGAAUUUCCCCUAAAACAGUGAGAGCCUAUUUUUAAUUUUCUUUAACCAGACAGGGAAGCAGAAUUUAUAACAUGUUACUUAAAAUUGGAAGCAUACCUUAAAACAAAGAUUGUGUGCAUAUAUACAUGUAUAUGUUAUAAACACAGGUGAAAUAUAUUUGACAAACACAUACAUGUAAAUUAUUCAAACUAAAGGCAGAAUUGAACUGAUAUAUGUAAUGGAGAACAAUAAUGAAUUUAAUGAACAUGUUUCAUAUUUGCACAUCAAUAGUCAAGUAUGUUUCUUUGAGUUGCCAUUUCUUUACUCCAUUACAGUUAUUUUCAGGAAUAAAUGUAAGAUAUUACAAAUCUUCUGUUUCCCCACAAGAUGUCCCCACAAGUUUAGUAUUUUUGCAUUAUGACAGGUGGCAAGACUAGGCUUUUAAGCUAGGACAUGAGGAUAUUUCCUGUAAAACUGAAAAUUUUGUUUCAUAAAUUUUACAAUAAUUAUUUUUGAUUAUGAACAUUAGUCCAAAUUUAAUAUUUGACACAAUUCAUAUCAGCUUGCUAUAAUAAUGAUAGUUUAUUAGUCUUUCUGUUACUUAAAGAAUAAAAACAUGCUUAUGAAAGCCUUUUAACAAACUGUUGCCUUUUUAAAAUACUUACACUUGCACAUGAAAAUAAAACAUCAAGUCAAUACUAGUCCUUGUAACCCUAUGGGAAUUGGUUCUGUUUAUUGUCUAUGUACCAUUUUGCUACUGGUUACAUUGAAUUGCUUUAAAAUAAAUAAUAAAAUUAUUUCUG